CUUGUUGGGGCGGGGCGGCAGUUAGGUGACGCAUACCAUGAAGGCUCGGGCGUCCCUUUUGCCAACCGUGAGCGAGCUGUUGGCGCGCAGGCAACCUGGCGCGGCCCUCCGGUAAGGCGUGCGUACGACGGGACUGGCGCGGAAGCGUCCCUUCAGACUCGGCGUGGCGGAGACGGCACUCGUCGCCAAAAUCAAGCCCCGAGUCCUCGACUGUAGCCGUGUCAGUGUGUUAUGAUGCCAUCUCGUACCAACCUGGCUACUGGAAUCCCUAGUAGCAAAGUGAAAUACUCAAGGCUUUCCAGCACAGACGAUGGCUACAUUGACCUUCAGUUUAAGAAAAGCCCGCCUAAGAUCCCCUAUAAGGCCAUUGCACUUGCUACAGUGCUGUUUUUGAUUGGCGCCUUUCUCAUUAUCAUAGGCUCCCUCCUGCUUGCGGGCUACAUCAGCAAAGGGGGGGCAGACCGGGCCGUUCCCGUCCUGAUCAUUGGCAUCCUGGUGUUCCUGCCAGGAUUUUACCACCUGCGCAUCGCCUACUAUGCAUCCAAAGGCUACCGGGGUUACUCCUACGAUGACAUUCCAGACUUCGAUGACUAGCGCUCAUCUCAGCCCUGAGAAGAGUCAGAUGGGACUGAGCCCAGCUUUAAGACCUUGAGCAGAAACUAUGGAUAAGGGCUAAGGAAUUCUGCAGUUUGCAGAUGUUUAACAAAACAAUGGCCAGGUUUUAUGGAUCCAUCCUAAAGAUGUUAACUGAGCUUACAAUUAGCUAAUUAGUACAUGUUCUAUUUCUCAUUUCCUGGCUCUAGCUAAAGCUCCUGACAAGUUUUUCCACAUGAACCUGUAUCAUGGAAUAAUAGCAGUGUUAAUUGUAUAGAAAAGUGGAAGGUUAUUCUGUAGCGGGAGGUGUUGCCACCACCUUUUUUAGAGUUGAGUGUUACUUUUAAAUAGUCUUUGUUGUCAGUUCUUGUGGCAAAUGGAAAAAUGCAGUAUGUCAAUUUCUUAUUACUAAGUAAUUUAUUUUGAAAAUAUCGUAUCCCCUAUACUCAUCUCUUCUUGUUCUAGUGGAAGACCUUGGCAAAAUCAAAUAUUGGUGCAUCUGCAAUAUUUUUUACUCGCUUUCUUAUUAAUAGCAACCAGGAAUUUUUUAAACCUUAGAGCAAGUUUUCAAAAUACAAGCACUUUCUCUGUUUACCAGUCCUAGACCAGCUCUGAUCUGGUUCACAGUAGGUUGGCCAGUAUGUAAUUUGGGUCAAGAUGUUCUGUAUAUCAUGCCUUUAAGGAUCAGACUUUUGGCUAUUUCCUAAGGAAAAGUGUAGAUAAGUAGUUGUUAUUGAGACUCUAUAACCCCGUUGUUAGUGCCUUGUGUUACAUCAUUCUGCUGAAGAUCUCAAGACUUGGCCUGGAUCCUAGAGGACUAGACUGCCUUAUUUUGAUUCUGUUCCCUAGCUUGCAAAAAGUGACUUAUGUUCAAAAGAAAUUAAAAUGUCAAAACCUAAAUCCUA